CAUUUUACGCUUCCGUUGUCUCUCUCUCACACUCUACUCUCGGUGACUGUGGUGGCGCGUGCUUCUCAACCGCCACUGCUCUCCCUCAUUUUCUACCUGAGAUCUUCAUAGGUCCACUGAUUAGAGCACAUACAAAUGAGUUCAAAAAGAGGGGUUGGGAGACCUUCUGCUAUGAUUAACAAUGAUGAUCUGUCAUCCAAAGGGAAAAGCAUAUCUGACUCUCAUCCAGAAUUUGAGCAGUUGACCCAGGGUAUUGCUGAUGUGAACCUAGACUCUGGUGGACAAGAUGAUGGUGAAUGGGAGGUAUAUGCAAGGAAACCCAAGAACAGAGCUGGAAGCAGUGCUCCAAAACAAUGGGGUCCUCCAGCUCAUAAUUCUAAUCCUAGGGCAUGGGGGAAUACAGAUAUGGCUCAAAGGACAGGCAUUCGGAAUCAGGGUGGAGUUGGAAGAGCUUCUGGAAAUGCCUGGCAGACACAAAAUGCUAACUUGAGGAGACCAGCUGGCAGAGGAAAUGGAAGGCCCCAGUUAGCUACAAGUGGAUAUGAAAGCAACAAUAUGACUCCGAAUCCUGUAAUUCGGCCUCCGCUGGAGCAUGGAUGGAAUUGGCAAUCUAGAACUGGUUCAAUGCAGUCCAAUGCAAAGGAUGAAACUGCACCAGAGUACCUUGAAAAUAAUAACGAUGUUGAUGAUAUUGAUGAUGAUGACAAGGAGGAGUCUGAUGGUUUAGAAGAUACUGAUGAUGAUCUAAUGAGUGAUGAAUAUGAUUCAGACGCUAGUCAAAAGAGCCAUGAGACACGUAAGAAGAGCAAAUGGUUUAAGAAAUUCUUUGAGAUUUUGGAUAGCCUGACUGUUGAAGAGAUAAAUGAACCAGAAAGACAGUGGCACUGUGCAGCUUGUCAAGGUGGCCCUGGUGCUAUUGAUUGGUACAGAGGACUGCAGCCUCUGAUGACACAUGCCAAAACAAAGGGGUCAAAUAGGGUGAAGAUUCACAGGGAGCUUGCUGAACUUUUGGAUGAGGAAUUGCGCAGAAGAGGUACUUCAGUAAUUCCAUCUGGGGAAGCAUUUGGUAAAUGGAAAGGUUUAAAAGAUGAGGAGAAAGAUCAUGAAAUUGUUUGGCCUCCAAUUGUUGUCAUUCAGAAUACGAAGCUUGAACAGGAUGAAAAUGAGAAGUGGAAAGGUAUGGGUAACCAGGAGCUUCUUGACUAUUUUAGCUCAUACGCAGCUAUGAAAGCACGACACUCUUAUGGUCCUCAGGGUCAUCGCGGGAUGAGUGUUUUGAUAUUUGAAGCCUCAGCUAGUGGUUAUCUAGAGGCAGAGCGUCUGCAUAAGCAUUUUGCAGAGCAAGGAACCGAUAAAGAUGCUUGGUAUAAUCGUCGUAUUUUAUUUCUCCCUGGUGGGAAUCGCCAACUUUAUGGAUACAUGGCUACUAAAGAAGACCUGGACCUUUUUAACAAGCAUUCCCAAGGUAAAUCUAGACUCAAAUAUGAAAUGAGGUCGUAUCAGGAGAUGGUUGUAAACCAAAUUCGGCAAAUGAAUGAGGACAACCAGAAACUUAUCUAUUUGAAGAACAAGGUUGUCAAUGAAAAAAGGCGUUCAAAAGCUCUUGAAGAAUCUUUUGGUAUAGUGACUGAGAAGCUGCGAAAGACAACAGAGGAAAAUCGCAUUGUGAGGCGGAGAACUAAAAUGCAACAUGAAGAGAACAAAGAAGAGAUGUACAUGCAAGAACAAUUCUUUAAGGACCAGAUCAGAAUCAUUCAUGAUUCAAGGAAUGCGAAGGAAGAAGAUUUUGAGAGGGUGCAGCAGACAGAACGUAAGAAGGCAGAGCAGUCAAGUACUAGUCCUUUAAAUGCUGAGGAGCGGAGACUCAAGAUGGAUGAAUAUCUAAAAUUUGUUGAGGUCCAAGAUAAAGAAAUGGAGAACUUUGUUGCUGAAAAGGAGAAACUGUAUCAUGCUCAUGAAGAGAGUAUUGCUGCAAUGAGGCUGAGGCAUUGGGAGGAAGAGGUGCAGAUGGAGAAAAUGUUUGAUGAGGAACUGACCAAACUCAUGGAAAAGUACUCCCCAUCUGACCCAGAGACGAAGUCCAACGGUAUCUAAUGGUAGGGUGUUUCACAGACGCAUACAAACAGAUAAACAGCGAAAUAGAUAAUAAGAGUGCCUAGAUAUCUGCUUUCUGAAUAUUGGGAGUUUGAAAUUUGAGUAUGUUGUUUUCUUUUCUAGUUUACAUUUGACAGUAUAUGCUUGGAGAUAGAAAACUACUUAAAAAUUGAAAUGAUCGUGCAUGUAGUACUAAUGACUAGAAUUUCUGGUUUCAUUGACCUUUUUUUUACAA